UCUUGACCUUCAACUUUUAGCCAAACCCAACCAAAACUCACAACCAAGCCAAACCGAUCAAUCACACAACCAACAAUGGUGUUGGCGGAAUUAGGAGGGCGCAUAACCCGUGCCCUCCAGCAGAUGAUCAAGGCGACGGUGGUCGACGAGAAGGUCCUGAACGACUGCCUCAACGAAAUCAGCCGCGCUCUGCUCCAAUCCGACGUCCAAUUCAACCUUGUUCGCGACAUGCAGAUCAACAUUAAAAAGACUGUCAAUCUGUCCGAUCUCGCUGCCGGUCACAACAAACGCAAGAUCAUUCAGCAAGCAGUGUUCGAUCAACUCUGCCAAAUGCCGCAAGAUCCAGCAGGGAAACACGAUCAGCUUGUACCCAAAAAGGGGAAGAAACCGAGUCAAGUUGUCAUGUUUGUUGGUUUACAAGGGUCUGGAAAACCACAACGUGUACAAAAUACGCGUAUUAUCAUAAACAAAGGUUGCAAACGCGCCUUAGUGUGUGCGGACACAUUCAGAGCUGGCGCUUUCGAUCAGCUGAAGCAAAACGCUGCCAAGGCUAAGGUACCGUUUUAUGGAAGUUACACAGAGGCGGACCCUGUAAAGAUCGCUGUUGAAGGUGUGGAAAGGUUAAAAAACGAUCAGAACAAUAAUUUUGAUCUCGUAAUUGUGGAUACUAGUGGGAGGCACAAGCAAGAAGCUGCUCUUUUUGAAGAGAUGCGUCAACUUUCCGAAGCAAUUUGUCCGGAACUUGUUGUGUGUAUGGAUGCGAGUAUUGGUCAGUCUGCUUUUCAUCAAGCGCAAGCGUUUAAGCAAAGCGUUGCGGUUGGAGCUGUCAUUGUUACAAAAAUGGAUGGACACGCAAAGGGUGGCGGCGCUCUUAGCGCUGUUGCAGCAACAAAGAGUCCUGUCAUAUUUAUUGGAACGGGAGAGCAUAUGGAUCAGUUGGAAGCCUUCGAUGUGAAACCCUUUGUCCGGCGUCUGUUAGGCAUGGGGGACUUGUCUGGACUUGUGAACAAGAUUAGCGAAGCUGUUCCAAUGGAUCAAUGCGCAGAGAUAACAGAAAAGAUUUUACAGGGCGGAUUUACAAUAAGGACUAUGCAAGUGUGGUUUCAGACCAUGCUAAACGUCGGCACACCUAGCCAGCUCGCUUCGAUGCUGCCCGCAGAAUGUACGAGCCGGUUAUUUCCUGCAGGAAUUAGUGACGAUCAGGAAAGUCAGAAACAGAUGAAGCGGUUCUUGGUCAUGAUGGAUUCGAUGACAGCUCAAGAGUUGGAUAGCCCGAACCUCAAGAUAAGCGAGUUGCAGAUAAAACGGAUAGCACAAGGUUCUGGUCAUCAAGUUAGACAAGUAGAAGAGCUGAUUGAAGUGUGCAAAGCUGCUAGCAAGAAUUUUAGCAAGAGGAAAGCGCUGCUUCGGAGUUUGAACGGCGGAGACAUGUGUGCGUUAACCCGGAAUAUGAGUAGUAAUCCGCAGCUGCUCAACCAGAUUGGGGGCAUGGGUGGUUUGAGAAGCUUGAUGAAUCUGGGGAGGCUGUAACUAGUAUUGUUUUGUUAAAAAAUGAAGUGGAUUUUUGUG